AUGGUCGCAAUUAGGUCUGUUAGCCCGUCGCUCCCGCUCCUAGUAAUACUCUUCCUCCUCAUAGCUUCCUCGUCCUCUCCCCACUCGCCUUGCUCAGCCACCCGCGCCGCUACCAUCGGCGCGCAGUUGCCACCUGCCCCAGUUCCGCCCGUGACCAGGAACCGCGAUGCGAACAGUACCAGCGUCUACACUCUUCUGCCCCGCGCGUGGCACCCACCGUUGAUCCUCUCCUUUACUCAUGAAGCAGUGCAGUCGCCGCGUCAGCGCCACGUUUUCGGGCGGAAGUCGGGGCGGCCCGUAGAAGCGGCGGAAGUUUUUCCGCAGUCUGCGGAUUGGCGGGCGCCGGAGUCAGCCGCGCGCGGGCGCUCCCUGGCGGCUUCCGCCGCCGCCAGCGGCGCCGACGAGGGCGAGUGCGACGUAGAGUGGAUGCUGCUGUGGCCGGCGCGACAGGGAUGCUGGCGGCCGCGCAUGACGGCGCAAGGCAGAACUUCCGCGCGCGUGACUUCCGCCACCUCCUCCUCCGCGCACCGCCAAGCUACCACGCAAAGCCUGACUUCCGCAGGCGCUGUGAUCGCGCAGGCUUCCGCGCCUCCCCCUUCCCCUCCCGACGACCGGCCAGGCGACGGGGAUGGGGGGAGCACUCCGCCCGCGGGGAACGAGGCGCGGCUGACACCCGACAAUGAGAUCAUCGGCGUGUGCCGAUUCGGAGUCCCGUUGGCUGGCUCAAUAUCUUCUCUCCUUUCCUUCCCAACGUUCGCCAACUACGUGGGCAAGCUGCCGGACGACCAGUUUGAUCUCAUAAUGGAUUUACUCCUCGACAAGGACAAGGGCAUCGGACUCAACUUGGCCUGCUACCUCAUUGGCAGCAGCGUCAACUACACCAACAGCCCCCAGUUCCUCACCGCCGCCUGGGAGACCCGCUCCAUCCCCGGCUUCCGCGUCCAGCCAAACGGGCCGUACGACUGGACGGCGGACGGGCGGCAGAGGCGGACAAUGCUCGCCGCCCUGGCGCGGAAUGUGGACGAAGUUGAGGCGGUGUCGUACUCGCAGCCCUGGUGGAUGACGGUCAGUGGGGACACUGCCGCGACAGAAACAGGCAAGUGCAACUUAAAGCCCGAGUACUUCCAGGCGUACACGGAGUAUCAAGCUUCGGUGAUCGAGCAUUACCGCACGCACUGGAACGUGACUUUCUCGACCAUGACCCCGGCGAAUGAGGCGUUGGAGGGGUGGUGGACGCAGGGCCACAAGAACGAGGGGUGCAACUACAGCCCUGAGAAGCUGACCACUCUUAUCCGGCUCCUCACAGCCACCUUAACGAGACUCAAGCUGCCGACAAAAGUCGCGGGGUUUGACAGUUUCGUCGGCGCGACUCUCCAGUACACGUUCAAGUUCCCUGCUGCGUUGAAGGCCGGCCUGUUUCGGCUGAAUGUGCAUGGGUACAUAAACCCGCCGCCCAGCACGGCAGACACUCAGCAGUACAUGGAAGGUGUGAUGGUGAGCAUGCACCGCAUGGCGACCGGACUAGGGAAGGAGGUGUGGGUGUCGGAGGUGGGGCCGAUGUGGGUGAGCGGGAAUGAUUUCGGUGUGAUGCUGUUCACGGCGCGGCAGAUAGUGGAGACUGUCAACAUCAUGGGGGCUUCGGCCUGGAUUUUCUGGCAGGCUGUGAGUGGGGUGGGAGGGAACAACCCAUACGCGUUUCUGAAAUGGGGGCUAUUGGCGGUCAGGAUCUACCGGCUGAACGACACAGAAGUCAAGCCGUUGGAUCUGGUGAUCUCCAAGAAGCUCUACAUGCUGCAGCAGUUUGUGCGUGGGGCGCCGAGAGGAAGCCUGCCUUUGCGAAUCCACACAUCGGACGGGUGCCAGCACUGCAUUGCCGCCUUCUUCCACCCCGACCAGCACUUCGUUUCGAUAUUCAUCGUCAACCAGCGCGACACAACACACACAGCGACAUUUUCAUUCGAGGAUUUCGUGCCGUUUGACGCGGGGCAGGAGUGUGUGUUGGAGACGUAUCGCACGUCAGCGACGGAAAAUAACACGCUGGUGGCGACUCAAAGUUACACAGACGUGCCAGCUUUGAUACAGGUGGCGGCGCUGGGCAGCUCGAUGACUUCUGUGGUGCUGCGGAAUGUGGACCCCGCGUACGGAUGUGCUGCUUGCAGGGAUGGUGCAUUUUACAUCGGAGUGCUUAGCAUUGAAUUUAGGGGUCUUAGCAUAGCGCUGCAUCAGUACUGCUGGCUGCAGGAGAAAGCAGAGCUGUGCAUUCUGGUUUUGAGAUGGAAAAUUGUGUGCCAGGUGUCUACAGCUGUUCAUGUGUACCGGUAA